GCAGCCAGCUGGGUGAGGGAGUGCACGGAGCUGGGGAGCUCCAUGCCCUCAGACUGGAGAAACUGCACAACGUCGCUGCGGUUCUUCUGAAUGUCCUGGAGAGAUGGGAAUUCGAGAAGAUGUGAAGGAUUACUAUGGAAGGAGACUGCAGAAGACUGAAGAUCUGGUCCUGAAUAUGUGUGUCACUCCUGCUAAACCUCUCCCUAACUACGUACGGGAUGUCUUGAAGGCUGUUCAUGAAGAAGUGAGCUCAAAGUACUACGGAUGUGGUCUUGUGGUUCCUGAAUGUUUGGAAAACUGUUGGAUCCUGGACCUGGGAAGUGGGAGUGGCCGGGAUUGCUACAUGCUCAGCAAGCUGGUGGGAGAGCGCGGUCAUGUGACUGGGAUUGACAUGACCGAGGGGCAGAUACAAGUUGCUCAGAAGUUUAUUGAGUAUCACACUCAGCUGUUUGGCUUCAGUAAGCCCAAUGUUGAGUUCCUUCAAGGCUACAUUGAAAAUCUCAGCGAUGCUGGAUUGAAGGACAACAGCUUUGAUAUUAUUAUAUCAAACUGUGUGAUUAACCUGUCGCCUGAUAAAAAGGCUGUGCUGAAAGAAGCUUAUCGAGUGUUAAAGGAUGGGGGAGAAAUGUACUUUAGUGACAUCUAUGCUGAUUGCAACCUUCCAGAAGCUAUAAGAACACACAAGAUUUUGUGGGGCGAAUGUCUCGGAGGAGCUCUGUGGUGGAAAGAUCUCUUCACAAUCGCAGAGGAAGUGGGAUUCAGUACCCCUCACCUCGCCGCUGCCAAGAGAAUUAGUGUGACGAAUGCAGAGCUCAAGGAAAUUGUUGGAGACUUCAAGUUUGUUUCUGCCAUGUACAGAUUGUUUAAAAUCCCAGCCAGCUGUGCGAAAGAAAAAUGCUGCGUAACGUACAAUGGAUCAAUCCGAGGCUUUAAAGAAAAGCUGGAGUUUGAUGUCAACUACACUUUUAAUGAAGGUGAGGUGGUAACUGUGGAUGAAGAGGUGGCAGCAAUUCUCCAGGCAUCGCGAUUUGCUCGUGCAUUCAGCAUUAAACCAGUUGGGAAAGUGGCUGCAUGUUCUGGAGAAGAUACACCCACAAAAUCAAAGGGUACCAUUGUUGAUCCAUUCAAGCUGACUGACCCAUCAGCAGCAGGAAAGACCUCGUCCUGUGCAACAGCCUGCAGUGUACCGAGCAAAAAGUGCUGCUGAAGUUUUCCACCCUGUGCUUACUCUGAUAACCAGGGAACGCAACGUCAUAGAAUGAUUAGAAGUGAAAAUGAGCUGUGCCGAAAUGAAGUUAAUAUCUGCCUGUGGCCAGGCCACGCUGACACCCUGGCAUGGUCAGCAAGGAAUAGAAACUUAGAAGUUCUGGAAACACUGUCAAUUUGGCAGCAUCUAUGGAGUGAGGAGCAAGGUUACCAUUUCAGAUCUGAGAGUCAGAUUCUUGUUCACCCCUCGAGGCAUUUCAGAUUUGAGGCUUUAACUCCACUUUAAAAUAAAAACCACAAGAACUGCGGAUGCUGGAACUAGGAGACCAAAACAGAAGUUGCUGGAAAAGCUCAGCAGGUCUGGCAGCAUCUGUGGAGAGAAAUUAGAGAUAAUGAUCCAGGCUGAGUGACCCUUCCUCAGACUUGAUGAUCAAUAGAAGAAUGUCAGUUUAUGUGCAGAUGAUAGGGUGGGGAGGAGGGGCUAAAUGAUAGGUGGGGAUAGAGCCCAAAGAGAAAGAAGAGUAUUGGACAGACAAAGGAGUUGCUAACGAUCAGGCCAGGAGGGUGAAUAGCUGUUAAUGGGGACUGUUAGUGGCUAACAACAGGGGGUGUGUAAUGGCAGGCUAUGUGGUAACAAGGCCUGGUGUGUGGGGUGGGUGGGGGAGCUGGGACAUGGGAGAGUUUAGGCCCUAAAAUUACUGAUCUCAGUAUUGAGUCCAGAGAGCUGCAAAGUCCCCAUGCGGAAAAUGUGGUGCUGUUCUUCCAGAUAACAAAGUGUGAAGCUGGAUGAACACAGCAGGCCAAGCAGGAGCACUGCUUGGGCCUGCUGUGUUCAUCCAGCUUCACACUUUGUUAUCUUGGGUUCGCCAGCAUCUGCAGUUCCCAUUAUCGCUGCCGUUCUCCCAGCUUGCGCUGACCUUCACUGGAGUACUGCAUCAAAUCUGAGAUAGAGAUGUUGGCCAGGGAGCAUUAACCCACGUGUUCUGCAUUAAUUCUGCUCUUUUGUCCUCAUCGAUGCUGAGUUUCUCCAGCACUUUGUUGUUAUUACAGAUCUCCAACAUCCUCAGUAUUUCAGGUUUGUUUUUAAGGGAGUUAAGAGUUGACACUAAGUCCCACAGUUUGUCACACUCUGAGAACUGGGACUAUCGAGACCCACCUUCUGCAAGCUGUGGUUUCAGGCCACAUUCAGCAGAGCCUAGAAAUUCACUGUUUGAGACUUUUGCUCUGUCACAAAUAAUUUUCAUUGCAAUAA